AUGGGUAGCGUUGCUGCGAACAGGGUUGGAAAAUGUGGACGAAAAAGAAAAACAACACCCAAGAAUGAUGAGUUACUGAUCAGAAUCAGUAAAAUCAAUCCUAGAAAAUCAGCUGUGGACCUUACUCGCGAACUACACGAGGAUGGCAUCAACCUGCAUGUGGAGAGACAACCCCAUCAAAAAAGAGCUGCUGACUCAGGCCAUGAUGAAAAAGAGAUAUCAAAAAAUGGGAAAAACACACCAAGACUGGACUGUGGAGGACUGGAAAAGGGUACUCUUUUCUGA